AUGAAAGAAACAAUCAUGAACCAGGAAAAACUCGCCAAACUGCAGGCAAAAGUGCACAUUGGUGGAACUGCUCACAGAAAGAAGGUAGUUCACGGAACAGCCACAGCAGAUAAUAAAAAACGUCAGUUCUCCUUAAAGAAGUUAGAAAUCUCUAGCAUUGAAGAGGUGAAUAUGUUUACGAAUCAAGGAACAGCAAUCCACUUUAACAACCCUAAAGUUCAGGCAUCCCUGGCAAUGAACACUUUCACCAUUACAGGCCAUACUGAGACAAAGCAGCUGACAGAAAUGCUGCCCAGCAUCUUAAACCAGCUUGGUGCAGGCAGUCUGACUAGUUUAAGGAGACUGGCUGAAGUUCUGCCCAAACAAUUUGUGGGUGGAAAAGCACUACACUACUGGAGAGGAGGAUGA